AUGUAUGCCAUAAUAUUUGGGUGUAAAAAAUUUCAUCAUUAUAUUUAUGAGCGAAGGAUACGAGUGGAGACUGAUCACAAACCACUCAUUCCUAUUAGUAAGAAACCAUUGCAUGCUGCUCCUCCCAGAAUACAGAGGAUGUUGGUUCAAUUACAGAAAUACGAUGUAGACCUAGUGUAUGUUCCUGGUAAAUUGAUUCCUGUUGCUGAUACUUUGUCACGCAACUGCUUAUCCGACACAUGUCCAGACGUUAUGAGCAGUGUCAAUGUACGUGUGCAUGCAGUAUUAUCUAAUUUGCAAAUUUCAGAUAGAAGGAUACAGAAUAUUAAAUUUGAGACUGGCCGAGAUGUACAACUUCAAUUGCUAAAAUGGACCAUCCUAAAUGGUUGGCCUGAAACUAGGAAACAAUGUAACACUUUAAUUAUAGAGUACUGGAAUUUCCGAGAAGAAUUAUCAGUUGCAGAUGAGGUUACAUUAAAAGGGGGAAAGAUUAUAAUUCCCAAGGUGCUUCGAACAGAGAUUUUAGGUGUCCUUCACACUCGACAUAUGGGGAUUGAGAAAUGUUUGAAGAGAGCACGUGCUACUUUAUUUUGGCCCAAAUUGUCUUCUGAUAUCACUAAGUUGAUAUUACAUUGUCGUGUUUUCUUAAGAUAUAGUUAUUCAAACCAGAAAGAGCCCCUCAUUAACCAUCCAAUACCUGAUCGACCAUGGCACGUUGUGGCGACCGAUUUAUUUGAAUGGGAUAGGAAAGAUUUUCUUUUGGUUGUUGAUUAUUAUAGCUGUUUCUUUGAAGUUGAACAGUUGCAAAGUACUACAUCAAUUAGUGUCAUCAAGAAAAUGAAACCAAUGUUUGCAAGAUAUGCAAGAUAUAAAGGGUAGUCUCUGAUAAUGGGCCCCAGUACUCGUCACAGGAUUUUGCUAGAAAAUAUAAUUUUGAACAUGUUACAUCUAGUCCAUAUCACCCCAAAUCUAAUAGGUUAGCUGAGAAAUACGUACGGAUUGUUAAGAGAGUAUUUGAGAAAGAUAGAUUGGAUAGGCAGGAUCCUUUAAUAGGUAUACUUGAGUAUCGAUCUACACCUCUUGAUAUAGGUUAUUCACCAGCAGACUUUUACAGGGAAGGUUAUUAAGAUCUGUUAUUCUAUACUUCCCCAACAGUUAGAAUCUAAGUUUAUAGACCAUUCUGUGGUACGAUCUAAGCUUGAGUCCAAGAGAGCACACGAAAAGAAGUGUUAUGACAAGGCUGCAAAGCCCUUACCACCGCUUGAAGUAGGACAAGGUAUUCAAAUACAACAGAAAGAUAAAACAUGGAGACCGUGCACUGUCUUAAAAAGGGUAAGAGAUAGGUCAUUUAUUGUAAAUUCCCAAGGUGGGUUAAAUCGCCGAAAUGGACAGCAACUUAUUCAUAGAUCUGCUAAAUUCCAAUCCUUUGAACCUAGUAGUGAAAGCCCCACGGGAGAUAUUCAAAUAACUAGGAAUAACACAGGUAAGUCUCGAAUAUCGCCCAUACGUACAAGCAAUGCACCACAUGCACCAUGACAGCUAUUGCAAAGUAAAUUAACGGACAGUUCCAAUGAUACUACACCCGCAAUAUCUAGUCAAACAAAAACAGGAUCAUAUGUAACUAGAUAUGGUAGAGUCGUUAAGCCAAGAAUUAUGUUUUCAUGUAAUUAGUAAUAAGUUUAUCAUAAUUAAGCAAACGGUGUAGAACAUCACAAAAAAAUAGGUUAAUGAUUCUUUGUAAUUAGAAUAUUAGAAUUGAAUUGUAUUUAAAAUAAUAAAGUUAGCUAGAAUAGGCCCCCUCGUAAAAAAAUUUUAAAAAAAAAGAGAUGUAAUAAUAUAUGCUAAAAUAUGUAAUUUAUUAUGCCAUGUAAAUUGUAUAUAAGGCGGCCAUUUUAUGUGAGUUCGUACUUGUAAUAAAGAUACUGGCCUGAGCGUGUCGUUGUUCUGUCCUGAGAUUAGCAAGAAACCAAAGAAAUAA